ACUACUAUGUCGCUGCUACUUCUCAGCUCCUUGCUGCUGUUAAAUGGAGUGUUGCAUUCUCAUUCUGCAGCAGGAACCUGUGACGUGUGCGUGGGAUUCCUCAACAGGCUUUAUGGAAGUGUGACAUCUGCUCACAAGGAGCUCACGCCUGCCCUGGUGGAGGAAGAACUGUUCCAGGCCUGUUCCGUUGCCCAGGGGAAGGAAGCCAGGCUGUGUUAUUACCUGGGAGCCAGCAGUGAUGCAGCCACCCGAGUCACAGCAGCCGUGUCACAGCCCCUGGCCUCGCACGUCCCCGUCGACAAGAUAUGCCAGCGCCUCAGCAGCAGGGACACGCAGAUCUGUCAGCUCAAAUACGAGCCUGAGACGAGACAGCUGAGCAGCGAGGGGCUGAAGAAAAUGAGAGUGCUGGAGCUGAGGAACAUUUUAGCUUCGUGGGGAGAAGAGUGUCGAGGGUGCUUGGAGAAACACGAGUUUGUCAGCCUCAUCCUGGAAAAGGCACCGCUGCAGAAAGCGGAGCUGUGA